AUGCCAGCAACACUCGACUUAUCAGGAACCGUAAUCGUCUCAGGCGGAAACAGAGGUAUUGGAUAUGAGCUCAGCCGCGGGGCAGCAGAAGCAGGCGCCAACGUAGCCAUUCUUUACAGGUCAGCUAAGGAUGCCGACCAAGUAGCAGCCAAGAUUGGUGCCGAGUUCAAUGUCCCCGUCAAGGCGUUCCAAUGUGACGUCACAGAGCAAGAGAGCGUCAAGAGCACCGUGAGCAAGAUAGACAAAGAGUUCGGUCCAGUAACUGGGCUUAUUGCGAAUGCUGGAGUGGCAGAGUUGAGACCAGCACUCGAACUCACCCGCGCAGACUUUGACAAGAUCUACAAUGUGAAUGUGUACGGUGUUUUUAACACAUGCCAAGCAGUAGCGCAGCUUUGGAUCGACAGGAAAUUCACCAAGGGCGCCAUUGUUAUUAUUUCAUCCAUGUCGGGUGAAAUAUACAACACUUCAGCACCUAACAAGGCACUUACCCAGGUGUUUUAUAACUCAAGCAAGGCAGCUGUGACACACUUGGGCAAGUGUCUCGCAGGCGAGUGGGCACCUCAUGGAAUUCGUGUUAACGUCGUCGCCCCCGGUUACGUCAACACGGAUCAAACUAAAGAUCAUCCAGAGGAAAUUAAGAGCUACCAGGCUAACAACACUCCGUUGGGCAGAUUCUGUCACCCAGCUGAACAAGCACCUAGUGCUGUCUUCCUCCUUUCUGAGAAAGCGUCGUUUAUCACGGGAGCAACGCUGCUCAACGAUGGUGGCUAUACAGUGUGGUAG